AUGCUGAGAUAUUUGCAAAACUCCGGACCGCAGGUGUAUGCGGUGGGGAACGAACUCGCGCUUUUGUCCUUACCGAGGAAUAGUUAUCCGGAAUGGGUAUUACACUCGUCAAGAACUGUUAAGAAAUACGAUCGGAAUUGCUUUUUCAGCCCUGUGCAAUGUAUGCUUAGUUUCAAUCAUGCGCAAGAACAUCCGAUCGUCUUCACAGGAAAUGGGAAACGAUUUUACUAUCGAAAGUGA